AUGGAAAAGGAACCGGUUCCGGAAGGUGUUGAACUGUUGCCAGUGAAAUUGGACGGAAGUCCAAUCACAACGUCCGUUUAUGAUCCGCACAAGUACAGAGAUGUACCGAAUCCAACCUCCACGCUGGGCACGUUCGUGCACGUCAUGAAGUCGGCCCUCGGCAUCGGUAUCCUUUCGGUGCCGUACGCGUUCCGGAACGGUGGUCUCGUGUUUGGCGUGUUCGGUGCGUUCUUCUUCGCGAUGCUCUGCUCGCACAGUGCGCACAUUCUGGUCAGCACGUCGUACAAGAUUUGCAAAAAGGAGCGCAUACCGGUGCUCGGAUUUGCCGAAACGGUGGAAAAAGCUUGCGCCAACGGUUCGGCAAGCGUACGCGCGCUCGGCAGAGCGCUACGGAACAUCAUCGAUUGGUAUCUGAUGCUGACAACGGUCGUCGUGUUCAUCGUGUUCGUUGGCACCACGCUCCGGGAGGUGGUCAACUACCGGACCGGAUGGGACUGGAGCGAACGCACGUACAUACUGCUCGUCGGCGUACCGAUCCUGUUCAUCACGCAGAUACGCGAGAUCAAGUAUCUGGUCCCGUUUUCGGCCAUCGCCGGGUUUCUUAUCCUUGCCAACAUCGUCAUCUCGCUGAUCUUUAUCUUUCAAGAGCCGCUAUCGCUGGAUAACCGACGCAUGUUUCCAACCGCCUCAACGGUCGCACCAUACAUGGGCAUUGUCUACUUCGCGCUGGACGCAACGUGCCUCAUAUUUCCAUUGGAAAAUCAGAUGCGUCACCCGCAGCACUACCUCGGGUGUCCCGGCAUUGUCAACCUGAACUACAUCUGUCUGGCCAUCCUGUACAGCUUCUUCGGUGCCGUGGGCUACAUCCGGUACGGUGAUGACGUCGAAAGCUCCAUCAUACUCAACUUUCCCACCGAAAACGUGCUCGUUUCGUGCAUACAAGUGCUAUCCGCUGUUGCGGUACUGUUUUCCAUUGGGUUGAUUUUUUACGUGCCCACGGAGAUUGCCUGGAAGAAAUUGCACACUAAAGUGCCGAAGCAGUGGACCGGACUAGCCCAGAGUGGCCUACGGCUUGCGAUGCUACUGGUGAACAUUGCCGCAGCAUGCGGUAUCCCCCAUCUAGGUACAUUCAUGGGACUACUCGGGGCAGUGCUGAAUCCCAUUUUGGCCCUCUGGAUACCAAUAAUUGUUGAUACGGUGUACCGUUGGCCGAACGAUUUCGGCUGGCUACGGUGGCGUCUGCUGAAAAAUGUGACACUCUGCUGCUUCGGGCUGUUCCUGCUCGUAACCGGCACCAUUUCGAGCGUAAGGAACAUUAUUCAAUUGUACAAGUGA